UUUCAGCGGGCCACGAUCCCCCCCCAUAAAAGAUCUCGGCCAUUUAUCAACGCUUCAGAUCCUGACACGUGUCACUCACGACAUCAUUGCUGGGAAUUUUCCAAGCUCUGCGAACCACCCUUCUCUUUGUUCCCUCGCCGGAGUCCUCUCUCUCUCUUUCUCGCCCAAAAAAGGGAUUCAGGCUGGUAUGGCGGCGCGGAAGCUCUUCUUCUUCUUUAUUGCUGUCUUUGUUUUCGCGAUCGUUGGAGUUCAUGCGGAAUUUGGCUUUGAUGUUGAGGAUAAGGAAGCCGAUGGGGUUGUUGAUGAUGUUGAGUCGCCAUUUAAGCUGGAGAUUGAACGGCUCAAGCCUCGGAUCCAGGCUUUAGAAUCUAGUAUAACUGAUAAAGCACGGGAAGUGAAAAGCAAGAAUGAAAUUAUUGAGAAAUUAGAGAAAACUGUUGAAGAGAAAUCAGCAAGCAUUGCUUCUUUGCAAACUGAGAUUGAACUGCUUCAGAAAAAAGGAGUUGUGGAUGCGGAGGAGCUGGUUGGGAAAGCUCAUGCGCGAGCUCGUGAAUUUGAGAAGCAGGCAGAAAAACUUAAAACUGAGAUAGAAGCCCUGAGCAGGAUUAGAAAUGCUCUAGAGGAUCAGUUAAGUGAAGCAGAGAGGAAGUUCCAGGAACUUAGUCUGAAAUUAGAGAAUCAACAUAAGUUGAAUGAUGAACUGAAGCACAAACUUCAGAAGACAGAACGAGCUCUUAAAGUGGCUGAGGAGGAGUUAAUGAGAGUACAGUUAGAGGCAACAUCAAAGUCAAAAGAAUUGACAGAGAUUCAUGGAGCUUGGUUUCCACAUUGGCUUGCUAUUCGCAUUGGUCAUUGUCAGCAUCUUGUGGUAGUUCAUUGGAAUGAGCAUGGAAAACCUGCCAUGAAUCAUUUAUUGCAUAAGGCCUCAGAGAAAUCAGCUCAGGCACAUAAAUGGGCUGAGCCUCACCUAGAAGUGGCUAAAACUAAAUGGAUUCCUGCGGCGAAGGAGCAGUGGGUAACCUUCACAACUCAUGUUGAACCCUAUGUGCAAAAGGCUUCUACUAAAACCAUUGAGAUUUAUGAAGUAUCCAAGAGCACUGUUAGCCCACAUAUUGCCAAAGCGCAAGAACUGGCAGAUCCUUAUGUCAAGAAAGCAAGGGAGGUCUCUAGGCCCUAUAUUGAACAAGUUGCCAUCAUCACUAAACCCCAUGUUGAGAAAUUGCAUGUCGUCAUGAAGCCUUAUACUACACGUGCGGUUUAUGCUUAUGGUGAAUUUCUUAAAACGGCAACAAAAUAUCAUGAUCAGGUUCAAGCUUCUGUCCAGGAGAAACUAAAGAAUCAUGACCUGACAAAACAUCUUGCAACCAAGGAGUUUGUGUGGUUUGUGGCUUCUGCUUUGCUGGCUCUACCAGUGCUAUUUCUGCUCAAACUUCUCUCAAUAAUUUUCUGUAAAAAGACGAUAAAAUCCACUGCAAACGGCCAUCGCAGCCACACAAAUCGCAGGCCUAAGCGCAGGCACGCUGAAAAUUAGAGUAUAGUAUGAAGCCUAGAUGCUUAUUUUGUGCUGUUUAUGCUGGAGUACAUGUAGGUGUGGUGUGGUGUGGGUGUUCGACUUGCUUAUGAAACUCUAGGCCCGAGUGAUUUUCACAGAAGAACAGACAGACGUGGGUUUAUGAGGAACACUUUUUGCAAAAUAUUUGGACAACCACAUACAAACAAUGGUAUACUUGUUUUGUUCCAGAGCUACUGUAGUACCCGUAUUGGACUGCCCUCCUCAUGUAUUUACUUUAUGCUAUAUUUAAUUUCAUAGAAUUGAUUCUUGUGUUGGUUCUGAGCAAGCAACCAAUGACUUACUAGCUACGAUGAAAAAUUAUUGAGAUACUGAUGUUGUUAGAUUGAUAUAAGAUGAAUCUGGUUGAUACUGUUUGCUAUCC